AUGGUGAAAAGUGAAGAGUUUAGAACAUGCCAAGAUGAAGAAGAGAAAAAAGAGAAAAAUAAAAAGAUCAGGAAAAGGACCAAGGCUUUGUUAAAGAAUGUCAAAGAUCAGAUGGAGUUCUAUUUCAGUGAUUCAAAUUUACAGAAAGACAGAUUUAUUAAACAUGAGAUGGAUAAGAAUACUGAUACAUAUGUACCUAUUGAUAUGUUUUUAAAGUUCAAUAAAAUGAAAACAAUGACUGAAGACCUAUCAAUUAUUAUUAAAGCUGUAGAUAAAUCCAAGAAGUUAGAGCUAAAUGAAGAUAAGACACAAGUUAAAAGGAUUCACCCAUUUAUCCAAAGAGAUGUACAUGAAAUAGACUCUAGAACAGUUUAUGUAGAAUGUUUACCUAGAAAUGUCAACCAUGACUGGAUGAAGACUGUAUUUUCUGAAUGUGGAAAGAUAAAUUAUGUUAGUUUACCUAUUUAUAAGUCAACAGGAGAUCCUAAGGGCUUUGGUUUUGUUGAGUUUGAUUCUGUACAUUCUGCUUCUAAAGCAUGUGAGUUAUUAAAUAAUCCACCAAUGGAGUUAGGAACAAGAGCUGGUAAAUUUCCUAAAUCUAAUAAACAACUUGAACAAUUAAAGAAACAUGGUGUUGAUGAACAAGAAGGUUGGUGUAAAUUCUAA